AUGGCUAAAGGGUACGAGAAUAUUCCUCCGCGAUAUAUUGAUCCGCGGUAUUACGCGAACGCCAUCGCGGACAUGACCGGCUCGUGCGGCACGCUCGCGAGCCUCGUGAUCUCCGAGUUGUACCGAACGCACCCCGAGUCGAAGCUUACCCUCCACGACUGGUACGGCGCCGGAAGCAAAGUGGACGCUCUCGCGAAGGAAUGCCCCGACAUCCUCCUCGCCGCCGGCGUGAAACACAUGAAGAUGAUAUUCGACGUCAGGAGCAACGGCCACGCGGACGCGCCGAGGAACGUCGACGAUCCCGCGCCGCACGUCCCUCCGCCGAUCCGCGUGAACAAGAGCCGAAACAAACCGAUCGAACUGCGUUCCAAGACGACGACGCUCUCCGAAUCCCGAAGCGACGCGACGCUCAGCGCGCGGUUCGACGCCGACGCCGACGCCGACGCCGCCGCGCGACCGUCGCCUCCCGCGUUCGGCGGCUUCGACGCGCGCGUCACGCUGGAGGAUCUGAGGCGCGAACAGGCGUCGUUCGCGCGCGCGCGCGACUGGGAUCAGUUCCACUCGCCUCGCAACGUCCUCCUCGCCAUGGUCGGCGAGGUCGGCGAGGUGUCGGAGCUGUUCCAGUGGCGCGGCGACGACGACUGCGCGACGGGGCUGCCGAGCUGGUCGCGCGAGGACAGAGCGCGGCUCGAGGACGAGCUCGCGGACGUGCAGCUGUACUUGGUGCGCCUCGCGGAUCGGUGCGGCGUCGACCUCGCGGCGGCGACGCGCGCGAAGAUGGCGAAGAACGCGGCCAAGUACCCCGCGGAUCGGUGCCGCGGCAGCGCGGCGAAGUACACGGCGUACGCGGAAGAGGGAGAGCGCGGGAACGCGGGACCAGGUGAAGACGAGCGCCCGGCGAAGCAGCCGGCGCGCGGCGCGCCGGCGGGCGCGGAACCCGCGGCGGCGGCGGCGCAAUCCGCCGCCGCCGCGGGCGGCGGGGCGAACGACGUCGUCAUCGUCGAGGGCACCGCGGGGCACGAGGGAAUGAUCAUCGGCCACGGCGGCGGGACGAUCCGCGACUUGCAGGAUAGGUUCGGCGUGUGCAUCCAACUCAAGCGCGGGCACGGCGUCACGGAGGUCAUCGGACCCGGCGCGCAGGGCGCCGCCGCUGCCAUUCGCGAGAUCAUCUCGCAGGUCGCGGUGAUGGGCGCCCCGCCUGGGGCGGACCGCGCGGCCGCCGGCUCCGUCGUCGGCGUCGCGAGGGAGACCAUCCCGUGUGCCGGCGCGGAGUCGCGGCUCAUCGGAAAGGGCGGUAACAACAUCCGCUCGUUGCGCGAGCGCACGGGCGCGUCCAUUCGCGUGUUGAACGACUCGCAGGGCGUCUGCGUCAUCGAGGGCGCCCCCGAGCAAGUCGCCGCCGCGGCCGCGCUGGUCCGCGAGCACAUUCAGGAGUACUUUCGUAACAGGAGCGCGUAG